AUGGAGCUUUUUGAAGUUCUUGGGUUCCCGGAAAUUGAGCCGCUGAAACGGAUUGAUGGCACGCCUCUAGGGAAUGAAUUGCCGACCCAGCUGAUCAAGGCAGCGGAAUGGACUGAGUGGAUAGACGAGGACGACGAAGAUAUUCGGCUCCUUGAUUUUGGAGAGAGCUCCUUUCAAGGACAGGAACCUCAGAAGCUAGCCCAGCCGGGUUCAUUAAGGGUACCAGAGACGAUUUCCACUGACAGCUUUGUGACUAUCGUGUCGACUUAG